AUGAGCACCACCUACAAAAUUAAAGAAUUAUUUUUCUUCAACAACACAUGGAAAUUUACUUUAAACUCCAAAGAUGUCUCCAUUACAAUUAAAAAUCAAAGUGAUGUAGAAAUUAAUGGUUUAAUCGCUCCAUCAAUUUAUAAUAGUAAUUUAUUAAGAUUGGAGUUCAUCCAUGAAAAUCAAUUAUUUUAUAUUACCCACGGAAAUGCUCUUCCAUUGCUCGGUAUGAAUAAACAAUUAUAUAUGAACCAUAUCAACAUUAUCAACGGUCGCCAAUACCAUACCACUCCACUUGGUGAAAGAAUCUUCCUCUUGGUUGCUUUAUAUUUCCUUGGUGUCUUCUGUUGGGUAUGGGCACUUAUCCCAGCUGCUGUCUACUCUGUAGGAUUAUAUUUAUUCUUCAGACAUAGAAGCAUUGUAAUUAGAAAGCUACCAUCGGAAUUACAACAAUUCCAAGGACCAUCACAAGACCAAUCCCAAGAACCAUUGAUUUCCUAUGAAACAAAAAACCCAGUCAUGACACAUGUAUUGCUUCCCUUCGACGAAAAACUUCAACAAUUCCGCCAAUGGGGAUCAUCUAAAUCAACAACUGCACCCACUGUCAUUCAAACACCAACUCCAACUCCAACUCCAACUCCUCAUUAUGUUAGCCCAUCAAUCAAUCAAUCAACACCACUCAUGAGCAAUGGAUCUCAAGUUCCACAAUACACAAUGGUUCAACCAAAUAUUUACGCACCACAACAAAGUCAAAUGUAUUCAUAUACACCAGAUGUACAAAUUAAUCAAACUGUUUCAAAAUAA